GUAGUGACUAAACGUGGUAGUAUCUUCCAAAAUGGCGUCCAAAUAUUAUCAAGAGAUGCAAGAGAGUUUUAGAAAUAACAACAAAAGUAGGGAAUUCCCUGCGCAUAGCGCUAAAGUUCAUUCAGUAGCAUGGAGUUGCGAUGGCAGGAGGUUGGCAUCUGGGUCUUUUGAUAAAACAGCAAGCGUAUUUGUCUUGGAAAAAGACCGUUUGGUGAAGGAGAACAACUACAGGGGCCAUGGAGACAGUGUUGAUCAGUUGUGUUGGCAUCCUACCAACCCAGACGUGUUUGUCACUGCAUCAGGGGACAAGACCAUACGCAUCUGGGACGUCAGGACAACAAAGUGCACGGCUACAGUCAACACUAAAGGGGAAAACAUCAAUAUCUGCUGGAGUCCGGACGGCCAAACGAUAGCCGUUGGGAACAAGGACGAUGUGGUUACCUUCAUCGACGUCAAAUCACACCGGUCGCGAGCCGAGGAGCAGUUUAAGUUUGAAGUCAACGAGAUCUCAUGGAAUAAUGACAACGACAUGUUCUUUCUCACCAAUGGAAACGGGUGCAUCAACAUCUUGAGUUACCCUGAGCUGAAGCCCAUCCAGUCGAUCAACGCCCAUCCCUCCAACUGCAUCUGCAUCAAGUUUGACCCGACGGGGAAGUACUUUGCCACAGGAAGUGCAGACGCCCUCGUCAGUCUGUGGACCGUUGAAGAACUGGUCUGUGUUCGCUGUUUCUCCAGGUUGGACUGGCCAGUGAGGACGUUGAGUUUCAGCCAUGAUGGGAAGAUGCUGGCUUCAGCUUCCGAAGACCACUUCAUAGAUAUAGCGGAGGUUGAAACAGGAGAGAAGCUGUGGGAGGUCCAGUGUGAGUCCCCUACGUUCACAGUGGCCUGGCAUCCUAAGAGACCGCUGCUGGCGUACGCAUGUGAUGACAAGGAAGGGAAGUAUGACAGCAAUAGAGAGUCGGGCACUGUCAAACUGUUUGGAUUACCUAAUGAUUCCUGAGUGGGAUCAAACACGCUUGUCAGUGUCUUUUGAGUCACUCUUCAAACCGAGUUAAUUAGGAUGAUGGGCCCUACUAUCUCUGUGCAGUAAGACUUAUUGUCUAUAUGUUUAAUACAACAUGCUUGACUGUUGGUCCAUUAAAUACUGACAAGAAGGGAUGUCUGUAUAAAUAGCUACAUCAUGUAAACUGAUAUUUCUCUUCAGUCGAAUGCUCAACUUUCUUCUACAGUUUUUUUUCUAGAAAGAGUGCCAUCUUAGAUGUAUAAUGAGCGGAUGCUUACAGCGACUCUGCGAAGGGAAGAGGAUCUAGAGUUGGCCUUAACGAUUGAGAUAAAACGUAAUUUACUCUCCGUAGUGAGGGAAAAACACUCAACGGUGUUCUUUUGGCAACCACCAGUUGGCCCUGCAUCCCAAUUAGGAAAUAGUUGUUUGUUUCUGUACAGUUUUUUACAUUCCUGUUUCUCCAUAUAGUUUACAUUACACACACAGUGCUGUACCAUAUUUUGUUAAAACUGUAAAUUGAUUUUUGUAUAUUAAAAGAAGUCUUGUUGACUUGUCUUGGUUGAACAAAUCAAGGUAUAAAACUGA